GUGUGAAUUGGAAUGAAUGAUUUCUUAUUCCCUCUGGCCAAUCGCUUCGGCCAAUGUGGGGAGGUAUAAAUUGGUAAGUUAUUUGCUCCGUGUGUUGGUGCUGGUGGUGUCCUGUGACGCUGGAUCACGUGCAUGCACACAUUGAUGAGCUUUCCGGUUGGAGAUGGCAACGGUGGGCGAGAGGACCCAAAGGUGCAGCUUUGAUUGUGAGCUCCGCCGCGACUUCUUCCGAAUCGAAUUCGAGGCCUCACAGCAUUAAAAAAAAGUUUCUCUACACGCUCUUGAUCCAUUUGCGCGACGUCACUCCCUUCGAUUCUCCUCGACACCCCAUUGGGGCCCCGUUCACUAUCGCGUAUAUACGUCCUUUGCGAGAUCAUCUUUAUCAAUCGUUCCCAACCGCAUUUCUCCGCUUGCCAUCGCCAUCGCUGCUCCUCGGAACCGCACUGAUACUUCAGUGAUACCAUCGGCUCACAAUGGCUCCUCGACCUUCAGACAUCGCGGCAAAUGCUGCCGUCCAAGCUCCUGGAUCCUCCACCAAAGAGUUUAGGAAGGAGAGCACGGUUGCUCGAUUUAGCGGCGCGGGAACUGCUGGUAUCGCGGAAUUGCUCGUCUUCCACCCUGUCGACACAAUUGCGAAGCGAUUGAUGAGUAACUAUGGAAAGAUUACGUCCGCCGCGCAAUUAAAUACUGUCAUCUUCAAAGACAAGGCCGCGGCCCCGAUAGGAUCGCGAUACCUAAGCCUGUUCCCCGGAUUUGGCUGGGCUGCAUCAUAUAAAAUCCUCCAACGAAUCUACAAGUACGGAGGUCAACCGUUUGCCCGCGACUAUCUGGCGAAAAAUUACGGCAACGAUUUUGACCGGAUCUUCGGCAAGGGCAACGGCAAGGCGAUGAUGCACGCGACUGCGGGCAGCUUGAUCGGCAUCGGAGAAAUCGUCCUGUUGCCGUUGGACGUGUUGAAGAUCAAGAAACAGACCAACCCCGAGGCCUUCAGGGGGAGAGGAGUGUUUCGGAUCAUCGCUGACGAGGGCUUUGGUUUGUAUCGCGGAUGGGGCUGGACUGCUGCGAGGAAUGCGCCUGGAAGCUUUGCUCUCUUCGGCGGAUCGGCCGCUGCCAAGGAGUACCUUUAUAAACUCGAGGAUUACAACACCGCUUCUUGGAGCCAAAACUUCGUCGCUUCUAUCGCUGGUGCUUCUGCAUCUUUGCUCGUCUCCGCUCCUCUGGACGUUAUUAAGACAAGAAUCCAAAAUCGAAACUUCGACAACCCCGAAAGCGGAUUCCGGAUCUUGUCCAAGAUGAUACGACACGAAGGUCCUUCAGCAUUCUUCAAGGGGUUGGUCCCUAAGUUGUUGAUGACCGGACCGAAGCUUGUCUUCAGCUUCUGGUUGGCGCAAACGCUGAUCCCAAUGUUCAAUAAGGUCGUGUGAUGAAAUGGAAGGGAAAUCAUGGUGUCUUACGGCGUUGGAAUCAUGCGGAUUUAGCAUACUAGGCAGCCACGGCGUUACCUUCCAUCGGAUAGACUUUUGGGUAUUCCGUACAUAGAACUCUCAUUUACCGUGUAAUUGCAUGAUAGAUCCCGCUCCGUCUGUGGUUCAUACUAUGCGAACAUUGUGCACACUAGGCAUUCACUACAAUGUCUUAGAAGAUCCAAGCAUGAUGUGCCAACGUGACUUCGUGUCUUGGGGGAAGUU